CAAUCAUACUUCAAAGUUUAAGGAAUUCCAUGUGGUUGUUUAUUUACUAAGUUAAGUACUAAAUUGUAUCAUUUCAAAAAGUAGAAAUAAAAAAAUUAAAAAAAAUGGGUAAAAAAAGUAUUUUUUAUGCUGAAAGUGAUGAAAAUAUGGACUCCGCAGAUUCCGAAAAUGAAUCUGAUAAAGAGCUUCAAGAUGCUUUAGCAAGAGGGGAUUUAAAACCAGGCUUAAAUAUGGAAGUACAAGAAAAAGAAAAGGCUAAUAACGUGCCUAAAAUGUUAGCGUUUUUGAAAAAAAUAUAUUUAGAUUUACCAUGGGUUGAAAGAUUUGAUAUGGUUAAUGAUUUAGCACCGCUUGCACCAGAACUGGCAAUACAAAUAGAACGGCAUGAGCAAAAGAGAGCAAAUCAGUUUAAAGGAAAUUUAAAAAUACCAUACAUAAAACCUGAAGAAGACCCAGUUUUAAAUGAUUUUAAACGGGAAAUGUUAUUUCACCGCCAAGCCCAAGCAGCAGUUCUUGAAGGUAUAAAAAAGUUGCAUGCAUUAAAUAUACCUACAAAACGUCCAGACGAUUAUUUUGCUGAGAUGGCUAAGACUGAUGAACAUAUGCAAAAAGUACGUGCAAAUUUAAUUGCAAAACAAGAAGGACAAGCAAAAUCCGAAAGAAUAAAACAAAUACGAGAACAACGUAAAAUGGGUAAAUUGCUAGCAAAGCAAACCAAAGUACAGCGCGAAAUGCAAAAGAAAGAAAUGCUAGACAGUUUGAAAAAAUUCAGAAAAGGAAAAUUAAAAAAUUUGGAUUUUUUGGAAGAUGCAAAAGCUUUAAAUAAUCAGAAAAAAAAGUCAGGAGAAAAACGUAAAGCUAGAGAUAAAAGAUUUGGUUUUGGUGGAAAAAAGCGUGGCCUUAAAUCAAAUACAAAAGCCUCAUCAAUGGGUAUUGAAAAGGUAAAAAAGUUCAAAAAUACUGGUGUACGUAGUGGGAAAAAUAAGAGAUUAGGAAAGAAUAGACGAAAACAAGAAAAGAAUAGGAAUAAGAAAUGAAAAAUUUUUUCCAUUUUGUAAAUAAAUAUUUUUUUCAAUUAUAA